AUGUCUGCCGCCAACGACGCAAGAAAUCUCGCGCCGUCGAUUGACGUGAAGAAUCUCAGCUAUGCGUUUCCCGAUGGCUCGAGUGGGCUGAAGGAGGUUUUUCUCGAUUUGCCUCCGGGCAGUAGGACGCUGCUCAUCGGGGCCAAUGGCGCGGGUAAAACCACGCUGUUGCGACUCCUCUCUGGCAAACGCAUGGCCCCUGCUGGUACCGUCCACAUUUCUGGCAUCGACCCUUUCAAGAUGGGCCUGGAGGGCGUGACAUAUCUCGGCCUUGAAUGGGUGCUCAACCCCAUUGUCCGCACAGACAUUGACGUGCCCACGCUGCUCUCCUCCGUUGGUGGCGAUCACUAUGCUGAACGGCGCGACGAGCUCGUGCGGAUCCUGGAUAUCGACCUGAGUUGGCGCAUGCACGCCGUGUCAGACGGAGAGAGGCGGCGCGUGCAGCUGGCCAUGGGGCUGCUGAGGCCAUGGACCAUCCUGCUGCUGGACGAAAUCACCGUCGACCUUGAUCUGCUCUCGCGCAGCAACUUUCUCAACUUUUUGAAGAAAGAGACGCAGGAGCGCCCCUGCACUAUCGUGUAUGCAACGCACAUUCUGGACAACCUGGCGACGUGGCCGACGCAUCUGGUACACAUGAGUCUGGGCAAAGUCAAGAAGUGGGGUAGCACAGAGGAAAUGAAUGUCAAGGUUGAAGCCGGCGGAAGGCAGUACACGGGCAACAGCGAGCUGGGCGAGCUGGUGCUGAAGUGGCUGCAGGAGGAUCUUGACGAGCGAGGACCGAGGAAUGGCAAGGGAGAAGGCAUGAGCUAUCAGAACUUGGAGGGCAAGGGUGGCUAUGGUGCUGAGAAGAGGGUGGAGGAGUAG